AUGACCGUGUUAGCAUGGUCAGUUGAAGAUCAAGAAAUAUUCAAAAUUCAUCAUGAAUUACAAAAAGAUUAUCCAGGAACGAAUUUUUAUGAAUUUUUCCAAUUAAAACAAGGUCCAAAAUCAAAUUGGAAAGAGAUUAAUAGGCAGUUCAAGAAACUCAGUGUUAAAUUCCAUCCUGAUAAAGUUAAAGGUGGUUCUAAAACAAAGAAAUUAGCAUUGAAAAAUUAUGAAAGAUUAAGUGUUAUUGCAAAUAUCUUGAAAGGUUCUGGUAAAGAACGUUAUGAUUUCUUCUUGAAGCAAGGAUUCCCCAAAUAUAAGAAUAAUCAAUUCUUGUAUGAACGUUUUAAACCAGGUAUGAUUUUCACUGGUGUUUUCUUGUAUUUAAUUAUUGGAAUUGGUCAUUAUGUUAUCCUCAAGAUAUCAACAAAUCAACAAAAACAAAGAGUUGAAACAUUACUUGAACAAUUGAAAGGUUAUGCUAUACAACAAAGUUCUAAUGGGAUUAUAACAGAACCAAGAAAAUAUAAAUUAGAAAAUUAUGAACUCCCUUUUUUGGUUAGAAUUGAUGGUGUAUUUAUUAUACAAGAUGAAGAUAACCAAGUGUUGACUAGGAUAACAACUGAUGAUAUCUUGACACCACGAGUACAAGAUUCAUUGUUGAUUAAAGCACCAUUAUGGUGUUGGAAUCAAACAUUUGGUAGAAUUUCAUCUCUAAAAUAUGAAAUUAAACCACAACAAGUUGAAAAUCAUACUGAAGAACCUAUUCAAGAACCAAAGAAGAAGAAGAAACCAAAAGGAGAGAAACUGGUGUUGCCAAAUGGGAAAGUUGUGUAUGGAAAGAAGAGUAAAUAG